UAAUCAUAAUCACAAUUGAUACAUUUUUUUAAAUAAAAAAGAAGCUAAAAUUUAAAACUCCAAAAUGUCUCUAGUCUACAUAACCUAUCACGAUGAAAAUAUAUUCGAUGUGGACAAAGAAAAGGAUUACAAUACAACUCGUGAAAAGAUUAAAUACAUUUCAAAAUUUCGAAAAAUGGUAAAAGAAGAAAAACAAGCCAGACAUAUUGUAGAAUUGCCAGAUAGGAAAAAGCUUCUAACAAGUGCCGUUAAAAAUAAUCACCAAACCAUGGGUUAUGCACAGACUCCAGUGGAAUUACCGUGCAAUUUUCUAAAGAAGAAUAAAGGUAUAAAAUGGCAAAGAUUAAACGAACAUACGUGUCCACCCAAAAAAGAAAUACCACCUGUUCCACAAUUUUCCCUUUCUAAACCGAGUAACAUAAUCGAAAAGGAAGCGAAAAAGGAGUUGUUUAAAAAAGAAAAAGAGGAUUUAUUAUGUCCUCACACUAGAUAUUUCAAGGGUCAUGAACAUAGAGCUAACUUUGUGGCCAUUAAUGUGGAUUUAAUUAAGAACUUAAAGCCUAAAAAGCCUCCACCACGUUAUGUAGAUACUCCUAAAGGUGAUAGACAUAAUCUAUUAAAUACCGGAUUGGUGCCACAAUACAUUUGUUCGAAAAAUUUCGCUAAAGUACCAUGUUAUUUAAAUGCACGCAAACAAUUCCUUACGAAAUUAAACGCUAAAUGUGAAAAUGCUCGUUUGGAAGCUGAAAAUGCCUGUGUACGUCCAAAUCGAUUUAUGGGAGUUAAAAAAUUAAGUCCCGCUGAACGUCAGGAUAUAUUAAAGGGUCUUAAAACAAACUUUGCCGAGUUGUUUAAAGCCUAUCAGGGUUUAUCCUUGUACACCGAUACGGUAGCAAAGAAGCUGCACAAGAGUAAACUUGAAAACGAUUUACGUCAAUUGGAGCAAGAUAUUUAUUUAAUGGAACACAAUCCUGAAAUAUAUGUAUCUGAAUAUUAAACCAAUAUUUUUAACUUUUUAAAGCUUUUAUUAUAUUUAAAUAAUUUUAAAUUAAAAUCCAUCAUGCUUCAAUAAAAAUCUACAGUAUAUGCACCUAA